AUGGGGCAUAGGAUGAACUCCGAGAUUCAGGCGCAAGAUCGUGUUCAUCAUGCAAAGAGUCCCGAUUGCCAGUUUCCCGAUGAGGCGGUGAGAAGUUCGAUUGGAUUGUGUCUAAGCCUUAAGAAGAUCUUCAAAGACCGCGUGAGAUUGGGAGAUUGGGAUCCCACAGGCGCAGAAGAAGAGCGGGUUAACUAG